CAUCAACAUUUAACAAUGUCCAAUGAAUUACAAGGACAGCCUAUGAAUGCAAUCACCACUGCUGCUGGUUUCUCUCUUUUUCAAGGAAUCUUCUUCAAGCUGGGGGAAAGGUUCUCUAAACCAAGCGUUGAAGAUCCGUACUAUACCCGGGCGAGAUCUAUGCUGUUGAAACUGGGUCUAGAGAAGUAUGAGAAGAACUUCAAGAAGGGUUUGUUGGCAGAUCCCACUUUGCCUUUGCUCACUGAUAGUGCGCUAAAAGACGUGAGCAUCCCACCGGGACCAAGGCUACUGAUACUGGAUCACAUCCAGAGGGACCCUGAGCUGAAGGGUAAACGAGGAAGCCGUGGUAAACGAGGAAGCCGUGGUUGA